CGAGAGAUGAGAGCGUACUAAAAACAAACAAAUAACGGACACCGUUUUCGUUAAGAAGGCCAUCCAUAGUUUCCCAUGGGUUCCGUCAUUUGGGCACAUCAGGCGCCAGCUUUCUCUUUUCAAUCCGACGGCCAUAAUUCGAGCAGGUGGUGAAGUCGCUAACCAAAACAAAAUUCGGGUCAUCGGCCAAUCCGCAAGCCAUCUACUAAUCUUCGAUCGUUCCAUUCCUUCAGCUUUGACUUUGUGGCCACAAGCUUUUUUUUCUUAUAAAUAAUUAAUAAAAAAUUAAGAACGAUAGACGUGGGAGGACGCAUCCUCAUUGAUUUCCUUCUCUCCCAAAUCUAUAGAGUAAAUUACAAUUUCCUGGUUUCAAUGUUAUUAUGUAAGUUUGUUGUUUUUUAGGUCGAUGGAUGAUCCUUAUAUCCGUCCAAUGUGAUGAUUCCUUUGGUCUUCUCAGGAAGGAGAAAGGUAGAAGCACAGGGUGAUGAUUAUUGUCAGAAGAAUAUUGCUGUGAUUCGGAGCAUACUAUGUAAAUGGCUACUCAUCAGGAAAAUCACGGCCCCGACGACCAUCCAGGUCCCUCAGGCCCACUGGGAAGGCUGGAAAAGCUGUUGAGUCUACCGGCUAACAGAUUUUGCGCUGACUGUGGCUCUCCAGAUCCAAAAUGGGUGUCAUUUAGUCUUGGAGUAUUUAUUUGUAUCAAGUGUUCUGGAGUUCAUAGAAGCCUUGGAGUACAUAUAUCAAAGGUCUUAUCAGUGAAGCUAGAUGAGUGGACAGAUGAACAGGUUGAUUCUUUGACUGAUGCGGGUGGUAAUGCUGCAGUAAAUAGGAGAUAUGAAGCUUUUUUGCCUGAAAAUUUCAAAAAGCCAAGACCGGAUUCUUCUAUAGAGGAACGCUUUGAUUUUAUCAAGAGAAAAUAUGAGCUGCAACAAUUUUCAAACUCUAAUGGAUUGAUCGUAUCUACAACACCUGGUAGUUUGAGCACAACUUUGCAGAGUAAUGUUUCCAGUAAAAGCUUCGAGAAACAACAUACUGGCCUCCGUCAUGGACUAGGUCAUGCAUUCCGAAAUAGCUGGAGAAGGAAGGAGUCUGAGCAGAAGGCAAUAAAAAAAACGAUGGGUAUGGUUGAAUUUGUCGGUUUAAUCAAGGUCAACAUCAUAAGAGGUACCAAUUUAGCUGUUCGAGAUAUGAUGACUAGUGAUCCUUAUGUUAUCCUCAAUUUGGGACACCAAACAAUGAAAACACGGGUGAUAAAGAGCAGUUUGAAUCCCAUAUGGAAUGAAAGGCUGAUGUUGUCAAUCCCAGAUCCCAUCCCACCUCUGAAGCUGGUAAGCUGGUCUUUAUUGCUACAGAAACAGAAUGCCGUAAUUAGCAAGUAUACGACAAGGAUACAUUCUCAACAGACGAUCGCAUGGGGGAGGCUGAAAUAGAUAUCCAGCCACUGGUAUCAGCAGCCAAAGCUUAUGAAAAUUCUACCAUUUCUGAGCCCAUGCAGCUUGGGAAAUGGCUGGCCAGUGAUGACAAUACGUUGGUCAAAGACAGUAUUAUUUCACUUGACAACGGCAAGGUAAAGCAGGAGAUUGCACUCAGACUUCAAAAUGUUGAACGUGGUGAAUUAGAGAUUGAACUCGAAUGUGUGCCCCUAAGUCAAUAAUCAUCUGAGAGGUACAAAGUACUGUAAUAUAAACUCUUGGCCUUUCAUUUUGGGAUACAUGUGGGAAUCUUGGCUUUUCUCUCAUGUGCUUUGUUAUCUAAUUAUAUAAUGCAACAGAACCUUUUAGUUGUCAUUAAUGAUAGAAAACAUCAUACUUCCACAGAAAA